AAAUAUUCUUUCUAAUUUUAGGCUACCAAAACAGCUGUAAAAGACAAAUCGAAGAAUAUUAUGCGUGAUCUGCGUAUCCGCAAAUUGUGUCUAAACAUCUGCGUUGGUGAAUCUGGUGAUAGGCUCACUCGUGCCGCCAAAGUGUUAGAACAGCUUACUGGACAGACCCCAGUAUACUCGAAGGCUCGUUAUACCGUUCGUUCAUUCGGCAUUCGGCGUAAUGAGAAAAUUGCUGUGCAUUGCACUGUUCGCGGCGCCAAAGCUGAGGAAAUUCUUGAGCGUGGCCUGAAAGUACGCGAAUACGAGUUGAGACGCGAUAACUUUUCGCAAACGGGUAACUUCGGUUUUGGUAUCCAGGAACACAUUGAUUUGGGAAUCAAAUACGACCCUUCAAUUGGUAUUUAUGGCCUUGACUUCUACGUCGUUCUUGGAAGACCUGGAUAUAAUGUUGCUCAGAGACGGCGUAAAACCGGUAAGAUUGGGUUCAUCCAUCGUUUGACUAAGGAGGAUGCCAUGAAGUGGUUCCAGCAGAAAUACGAUGGUAUCAUCCUCAACAGCAAAGCGAAGUAAAGGGCUCCACAAUAACAUUUACUGUUUUAUUAAGGUAGCCAUAAAAGAGAGAAAAUAUGAGAAGUAAAAAAGUUUUGUUCAUUUUGAAUAGAAAGUCCCACAGCAGAUUUAAA